ACCAAGGAUUGAGGCAGAUUUUUGUGGGGCAGGAGGUGAACCAGCCUGCCUAAGCUCAAGAGACAGCCAGUUUGACACCAAGGAGCAACCCAGAGCAAUGUCCCUGGCUGGGGUAAGCUGUCUGGUGACAGGAGCAGGAGGAUUUCUUGGCCAGAGGAUUGUCCGCUUGCUUUUGGAAGAAGAGGAGGCUCUGGCUGAGAUCAGACUGCUGGACAAAGCCUUUAGUGAGGAAGCACUUGGCAGAUUUGAAAAGUUCAAGGUUAAGACUGAGGUGAAAAUCCUGGAAGGGGACAUCCGAGAUGUGACAUUCCUGCACCGUGCCUGUCAGGGGGUCUCCCUCGUCAUCCACACGGCUUCCCUCAUCGACACCCUGGGCCUCAUAGAGAAGAAGUUGCUCUGGGAAGUCAAUGUGACAGGUACUCAGCUACUGCUGGAGGCAUGUGUCCGCUGUAAUGUCCAGCACUUCAUAUACACCAGUACCAUAGAAGUGACAGGCCCAAACUGCAGAGGUGACCCAAUUUUCAAUGGUGAUGAAGAUACAGCUUAUGAGAGCAUAUCGAAAUUUCCUUAUGCCCAAAGUAAGAGACUGGCAGAGGAUUCUGUGCUGAAAGCAGAUGGCCAGGUGCUAAAGGAUGGCGGCACACUGAUGACCUGUGCCCUGAGAUCCAUGUACAUUUUUGGAGAAGGAUGUCCGUUUCUUCAGGGUCAUCUGGAUAAGUGCCUGCUGAACCAAAAUGUCUACCUGCGCUUCUCCAGGAAGGAGGCUUUGGUGAACCCUGUGUACGUGGGGAAUAUCGCCUGGGCACAUGUGCAGGCGGCCAAAGCCCUGAGAGUCCCGCAGAAAGCCAAGCAUGUCAGGGGGAAGUUCUACUACAUCUCAGAUGACACUCCUCACAUGAGCUAUGCGGAUCUAAAUUACGAGCUGACCAAGGACCUAGGGUUUGGAAUCGAGCCCAAGCUCCCCAUGCCUCUGACAAUGUUGUAUUACUUCUCACUGCUGCUGGAGAUCGUGAGCUUCUUGCUCCGGCCCUUUGUCAGAUACAUCCCCUCCACCAACCGUCACCUGGUCACCCUCCUGAAUACUCCAUUCACCUUUUCUUAUAGAAAAGCACAAAAGGAUUUUGGCUAUGUGCCCCGCUACACGUGGGAAGAGGCCAAGCAGUGUACUGGUGAGUGGAUUGCCUCUGUGAUCCCCCAGCGAAGGCUGUACUUGCAAAGCAAUGCUGCCUAAGCCUAAAGAGAAGCUGAAACCCAGCUAAACAAGUAGGGCCUUGAGCUAGAGGAGAGCAGAUGACUACAAAGCAUUUAAAAGAAUACUUUGUGUAACAGCCCACUGCCCCACCCCCACCCUCAGAAUAAAUAAAAGUGAAAUGUUCGUUUGCUUAUCAAAUACAGGCUGAUGAGGGUAACUUUACUGUAUAGUCCACACACACUUCUACAUCUUUGCAGCACAAAGAUUGACUUUCGUAAGAUUCCACAAAAUCCACGGUAUGAACACAUCAACCCUUCUUUCACUCCAAGCCACCUUUUCCAGCAAAGCACAACUUUUCCUAGAACUAUGAUUUCUCUUUACAAAUAUGUGCCACUCAGCUACACCCUAUUCACUCAGCGCCGCUUGCCAGCCUUACCAAACAUACAGCAGGCAGAAGCCACUUGAUUGCAAAAGCUGUUACAAGUUUUUAAGUGUUGUGCCAUUCACCUGACAGUCAAACAUUGAGCCCUGUAUGCAUUGUGAGGCCAAAAGUGCAAUACAGUUUCAGUAAGGACAGUAUGUGGAGGGAGAGAAGGGGAAAUUUGGUCAGGUUAAUACUUCCUUGUAAAUUCUCAUUUUCCUAGUUACAAAUUUUGCAAUAAAUCUGAUGGGUGUCCAGCAAACAGCUUCAAGAAAAUGAAAGGGAGAAAAAUACUACAGGACAGCCUUGGUCCUUUGCAGAGUCAAAGUAUUUGUGAACACUGAGAAAAAGUAAACAGUGCUGAAAAAAAUCAUGCAAUUACCAGGUUUCAGCUGGGAACAAAGGCUAACCUUAGCAGAUAGGUGCACAUGUGCUGCUCCCAUUCUACUCUGAUGGCCGUAUGAAUUUCUGCAGAAUGUGUAACUUGACUUUCAGGCCAAAAAUGCAGAUCUUGUCUGAACAAGCAGAUGUCAUCCAGUGUUUGUUUCUUCAGUGUAUGUCCCACUUGUUGAAAACAACUCUAAGAGAUGGGAAUUUCUCUGUUCUGUUCAGGAUGGUGUGAACAGAAACAUUUUACCUGACUCAGUACUAAUGUAAAUAAAUCACAAUUCCAGAGAUGCUGACGACUUAAA